UUGUAAUGGCCAGCAUGUUGAUCACCAUAAAUACCCACAAGAUCGUUCAUCAGCCUUCAGACAUAGAGAUCGAGAUCAGGCCUCAUGGUGAUUAAAAUGGAUGACAGGGAAGAAAAAACACAAAAGCCUAUCUUGGUGAUGCUGGCUACCAACAUCUUAACAGGGGCCAUGAUUGUGCUCAACAAGAAGGUUUUAGAAGAUGGCUUGGACGUGCUUGUGCUCAUGACCUACCGCCUUCUUGUAGCCGCCCUCUUCAUGGCUCCAAUUGCUUGCUUUGCUGAAAGAAACAGCAGGCCUAAACUUUCCUUUGGGAUUUUAGCAUGUCUUUUUCUCAGUGCGAUUCUGGGAAUCUCGCUCACACAGUCUCUCUUCUAUAUGGGACUCAAGUUCACUUCUGCAACUUAUGCUGCUGCUUUCUUCAACAUGACCCCUGUUGUAACCUUUCUUCUAUCUGUCGUCUUCCGGUCUCUCUCUCUC